AUGUACCCCUGGUUCCCAAAAAGGGUAGAAAUCGAGUAUUCCGAGAAGAACGGUCGCUACGAAUACGUUUUCUUCCUGGAAGAAAGUCGUCCUCUUUCUGAUGGAGGCACUAUCACUAUUCACCGCCGGAUGGCCGAAAUCAAGCAGCAAUACGGCGAAGAUUUUGUCCCACCAGAUUUUAUCAAGAGAAAGUUUUCGACCAAAUAUUCGACCAGUGAAGAACUCAAGUUCAAGAAUGCGGCUAGCAUCAUGAAGGAUGAUCGGAAUCACCGGUUGUUCGACCGGCAAAUGCUUGAGGAAAUCAGGCAGCGCCGCGCCGAUCAACAAAUUCAACCGUCUCCAGAAGAGGAUGGCAUGUUCCAAGAUCCUCUUUUGGAGCUGUACCGGAAGCCCGACCCGACAUUGGUAGAUGGACAAAGUCUUACGACCAUGUUUGGAAAAUUCCCGCCUGAAUUACUGGGGAAACAGAUCGAAGACGUUGAUUACUACUACCGUAACAAAAAGACGUUCUGCGUCAUCAACAGACGUUUCGGAAAGCGGUAUAUCAACCGCUUUUCUGCAUCAAAGUCCCUUUAUUUAUUUUCUCCGUUCAAUCCUGUUCGAAGGGCAGCAAUCAAAGCUAUCAUCAAUCCAGGCUUCGAUGUUGUAAUUAUUCUCACCAUUUUGAUAAACUGCGUAUUUCUUGCUCUUGAUGACCCUGUAGAUGAAUUAGAAUAUGUUUUCACUGCCAUUUAUACCUUGGAAGUUGUCAUCAAGGUUAUCGCAAAAGGAUUUAUUUUAAACAAAUUCACCUACCUACGAGACGCAUGGAACUGGUUAGAUUUCAUUGUCGUCGUCCUGGCUUACGUAACAAUGAUGACUCCAGAAAUUGGAAAUGUUUCCGGCCUUAGAACCUUCCGUGUCUUGCGUGCUUUCAAAUCUUUAUCAAUCGUGCCUGGUCUGAAAACUAUUGUGAACGCCCUUUUCCUAUCGAUGAAGCCUCUUUCUGAGGUGUUAUUCAUUAUGGUCUUUCUGUUGAUCGUGAUUUCUUUGAUCGGCCUGCAAGCUUACUCGGGCGUGCUGCAGCAGAAGUGCGUCCUCACCGCGCCGGCGAAUAUCAGCUACGACAUCAGCAGUCCCGACACGCCCUUCAAGCAGUGGAUCGCCGACGAGGCGAACUGGAUGGACGGCGAUCCGGACACGAUCCUCUGCGGCAACUCGACUGGUGCCGGCCGCUGCGCAGAGGGCUACACUUGCUACGGCCACACGGGCAGCAACCCGGCCAACACUUACGGAUACACUAACUAUGAUCACAUCGGAUGGGCGAUGCUCUCCUCCUUCCAGCUUCUCACACUCGACUUUUGGGAGAAUACUUACAACAUGAUCUUGCGAGCGUCGGGCGCCUGGAACGUCAUCUACUUUAUCCUCGUUAUCCUACUUGGUCCCUUCUAUCUUUUGAACUUACUCCUCGCUGUCGUCACUAUGGCCUACGCCGAAGAGCAUCAGAAGCAAGAAGAGCUCAAGACGAUGCGCGAAAGAGCCAAGAAGAACGCAAAGAAGAAGGCUUUAAAACGACUGAAGCAGCUGAAACAGGCUGAAGAAGCCGACGGCAGAGGCGCAGCAAGUCCAGAUGAUGAGGAUGGUGGAAGUGUCGUUAUCGCUAUGAAGCGAGACGAGUCACCCGGUGGCGCGGGUGGCGCGUACGGUGGGUCGAGCCUCGGCGAGUCCGAAGCUGUCAGCGCGCAGCCGCAGUCGGCUUCGACCCCACCAGCCACUUCGCACGCCCAUCAACUGAGUCCACAAGAUUCGAUCGAGAUGGAUGAAAGCCCCGACGAGCAGUUUAUCAAAAAGCUAAAGAUCGCCAACGAAUGGUUCAACAAGACUUUCUGCGACUGGCAGUGUCCAACUGGCUUUAUCCGAUUCCAGCAGCGACUGGAGAGCAUCAUCAGCAAGAAAGCAUUCGACGUGAUGAUCGUCCUUUGCAUCGUUACCAACACCAUCUUCUUGGCUGCCGAUCAUCACGACGCGGAUCAAGAUCUCAAGAACAUCUUGACUCUCGGCAAUUCCAUCUUCACCUACAUCUUCGUCUGCGAAGCUAUCUUGAAGAUUACCUCUUAUGGCUUCUUUACGUACUUGAAGGACCCGUGGAACACUUUUGAUUUCAUCAUCGUUGUCAUUUCUGUUUCCGAUGUGAUUCUGGCCAUGCGAAGUGUCGAUGAAGGCUCUCAGCAAUCCGGACUCAAUGUUCUUCGAACCCUUCGAUUGCUGCGUGUCUUCCGACUUGCUCAAAUGUGGAAGACAAUGGGCCGCUUGCUUUCUAUCAUCUACAAAUCCAUUAUGGAUGUUGGAUACUUGACGCUUGUUUUAUUCAUCGUUCUCUACAUUUUCGCGGUCAUCGGAAAGCAGUGCUUCGCGGAUAAGUACAAUGAUAUCGACAAGUUGAGUGAAAUUGACAUGGAUCAGGCGCCCAAAUGGAACUUUACCGAUUUUGUCUUCUCUUUCCUGAUGGUUUUCCGCGUCCUCUGUGGAGAGUGGGUCGAGCCACUUUGGGAUUGUAUGAAGCUCGCUGAUCCGGCCACCUGUAUUCCCUUCUUCUUGCUGAUCACAUUUGUCGCUAAUUUCAUGGUCUUCAACCUUUUCGUCGCCAUCUUGCUCGAGGCUUUCAACAUCGACGAGCUCAACAAAGACGACAAGAAGACCGCCUCCGCGAAGAAGCAAAUCUUCGACGGAAUCAAGCGCAUCGGAAGCAGAGUCAAAAACACCAUUCCGACUAGUUUGCGAAAAUCGAAACGAAAGGAUACCGCGGAGACCAACGGAGUCCAUGUUCAACCAGCCACCAAUGCGGAGUAUUUGACCGAAAAUGGAAACGAUACUUCUGCGAUGCAACUUGAGGAUAUGGGCGGCAACUCAGCUGUAGUGAUGUCAGAAACUGAAUACCGCAGCCGCAACAACCGCGACGAGAAUAGCCUGAGCAUCACCAACGAUCGAAAGUGCUCGUACGCCUCGGUUGACAUGCUCAUUGAUGGCAUUGGCAAUCGCGAGGACGAGCCCAAGACAAAGAAACAAAAAGUCGACUUCGAAAACGACCAAGCUCGUAAAAUGCGCCUCGAGGAAGAGCUCAAGAACAUCGAGCCGCCGAGCUGCGGGCCCAGCUGGAAGAGCUGCGACGAAAGCUGCUGCUACACGAGCUCGCUGGGCAAGAGCUGGCACAAGUUCCGCGCUGGAGUCUAUUUUGUCGCCAAACAUCCUUAUUUCGAAGGUUUCAUCCUUUUCCUCAUCGCUGCCUCGACUGUCUGCCUGACGCUAGAAGACAAGAACCUCAAUGAUGGAAAGAAUGGCGCUCUCAAGGAAAUUCUCGACUGCCUGGAGCUUAUUUUCGCCGUUUUGUUCACCAUGGAAAUGGGCAUGAAAUGGGUUGGCUUUGGUCUUUGGGAAUAUUUCACCUCUUUCUGGACGGUGCUUGAUUUCAUCAUCGUGUGCAUCAGUUGGGUCGGCAUUGGUGCUAAUGCUUCAGGUGUCACUUCGCUGCGAUCUAUGCGAACGUUGAGAGCCCUCCGACCGCUGAGAGCGAUCUCGAGAUGGGAAGGAAUGCGAGUCGUUGUCAACGCGCUCAUCCACUGCAUUCCCGCAAUCGGAAACGUCAUCACUGUCUGCAUUCUAUUCUGGCUCGUGUUUGGAAUCAUGGGCGUUCAGUUCUUCGCUGGAAAGUUUUUCUUCUGCGGAUUCACGGAAAACCAUGACGCUGCUCACGAACGAGUGGAAGGAAACUUCACCUUCAGUUCGAUGGAUUUCGAUGGUUGUGAUUCGGCAAAAUGCACGAUCGACCACGUCCAGCGAAGUGAAAUCUGCGGCCUCGAUGGAAAAGGAAACAUGACCACGAUUUCGACGAUUCUUGCGAACCAUCUUGGCAAGUCGAUCAAGCUCAAUGAUGAUGGUACUCCGCAGCUGCAUCAAGGAACGCUAGACUUCUGUCAGCGAGACUACGAUGUGGAUGAGGAGGAGUUAUCAUUUGGAGAAGUCGAAUGGGUAGACCAGUGCUUGGUCUGGGCCUAUGCCACAAAGAGCAAGCCUCAGGAUGGCGUCGACGAAGUUGCUUUCCCGAAAGGACAGCUCGAGUGGAGCAAACCUGGAAUCCACUUUGACAACUCCGCCAUGGCCAUGCUUGCGCUCCUACAGGUGGCAACGUUCGAAGGUUGGAUGGAAGUUAUGGAAGCUGCAACUGAUUCCCGCGAGGUCGGACAGCAACCUUCUCGCGACGCUAACAAAUCUGCUUAUUGGUAUUUUAUGAUCUUCAUUCUUGUUGGUGCAUUCUUCAUUCUCAACCUCAUUGUUGGUGUCAUUAUCGAAUCAUUCCAAACGUUGAAGAAAAAGAAAGGAAGCACUUCGGCGUGUGAUACAAUCAUGACCCCAGAACAGAAAAAAUAUGUCAACACGAUGCAGACGCUCUUCUCCACCAAGCCGAAGAAGCACGCGCCCAAGCCCCACAAUCACUUCCAAAAGAUGGUUUACGACAUCGUCUGCAAGCCGUACUUUGAAAUCUGCGUCUUUGGCUUGAUCUGUCUCAAUAUGCUCGUGCUCGCCUGUGAGCACUACGGAAUGAGCAAGGAAUGGGCCGAUGGUCUCAGACUCGCUGACAUCGUCUUUACCAUCAUUUUCCUUCUUGAGUGCGCUAUAAAAAUUAUUGGAUUGCGCGCUUACUACUUCCGCGAUCACUUCAACAACUUCGAUUUCAUCGUCAUCAUGCUUUCCUCGAUCGGCAUCAUCCUUGAGCAAUUCCUCGACUUCUUCAUUUCGCCCACUUUGCUGCGGGUCGUCCGAGUCUUCCGUAUUUUCCGCGUGUUGAGGGUCAUCAAAGCGGCGCGAGGAAUUCGCCGAUUGAUGAUCACGCUCCUGACCUCGAUCCCCGCCCUGCUCAAUAUCGCCGUUCUUCUCUUCCUCGGCAUGGUGAUCUUCGCCAUCCUUGGCAUGUCCUCCUUCAUGCACGUGAAGAAGCGAGACGCGCUCAACGACAUGGUCAACUUCGAGACCUUCCCCAACUCAAUGCUGCUGCUCUUCCGCCUCAUGACCUCUGCCGGCUGGAACGAUAUCCUUGACCCUUUGAUGAACGAUCACGAUUGCAUCGCGCCCAACAGCGCGGCGGAAGGCGACCCUGGCAACUGCGGAAGCCCCUCCAAAGCAAUCAUCUUCUUCAUUUCCUACAUUAUCAUCAUCUUCUUAAUUAUUAUUAACAUGUACAUUGCGGUCAUUCUCGAGCGAUUUGAUGAAAUCUUCACUCAGGAGAGCGUCGGAAUCGUCGACGAAGACUACGAGUUCUUCUACAAUGUCUGGGGUAAAUAUGACCCGAAGGCAACGCAGUUCGUGGACGUUCAUCUGAUGUCAGACUUGCUCCAUGAGCUUCCGAAACCGUUCAAAGUCAAAAAGCCAAAUGAAAUCAAAAUCGCGGCGCUACAGCUGCCCGUCAUGGACGGUGGAAGAAUCCACUGUCUGGACGUGCUUUAUGCGCUUACAAAGCGUCUUUUAGGAGACAUAGAGGUGAAGAAAGAAAUGCUUGAAGAUGUGCAGCGAAAGUUGGAGAAGGUGUUCCCCAACAGGAGAAAACUGUUCCCAGUGACAACCACUCUCGAAAUCAGACAAGAACUCAAGGCCGCGACGGUGAUCCAGCGUGCUUACCGAGCUUGGCAUGACCGUGUCAGUCGGGCGAAAGUGAACGCCUUGUCGAUACCCGUGGCGAACGUCUCGCAGACCGCCUCCGUGCCAUCCAAAGCGCUAGUGUUCGAGUCCGAGCUGCUCGAGCCGCUGAAUCCUCUACGAGAAGUUGCGGAGCGCGACCAAUUCGAAAGCUAA